AGACCAGGAAAAAUUGAACAGGGGGAAGUAACUGUUACACACAGCAGAGGAAAGCGUAGGUUGGAGGCGGGACACGUUGUUUUUAUGUUUUUAGUGAUUAUUUAAAGUGUUUAUGUAAUUAUAUGCUUUGCCUUUUUAAAUAAAGCUAUAGAGGGAAUAGGUGAACGUUAAGAGCUUUAAUUCAUGUAAUUAGCUGGAUUAGUGGUCUGACACGUUGUUUUACCGGGGUUUUCUUUAUGUUUGCUCGUUUUUCGGGUCUGUAUUAGAGGAUAUUGGAAGUUUUUACCUCUUUUUAUAGUUCAUGGACUAGUUUAGGAUAGAUAAAGGAAUAAAGAUCCCCCUUCAUCAUCAUGUCUAUGGAUUAUAUGAGUGCACUACUGCAGAACAAGAGAGGCCGAGAAGGAGAUCCAGAAGAUUGGGGCUUCAAUCCGACUAAAAGAGUGUGCAAUGGACUGGAAAGCUGUGUCCAGGCUGAAUAUGGAGCCCUGACCGAGAGCCCAAUGGACACAUGGGAGAUCCAGCAGGUCAGCCAUCUGAAGGACACCACCACCACCACCAUCAUCAACAACAACAACAACCACCACCACCAUAAGGUGCUGGAAGCUCAGAAUGGCGGCGGUCCGCAGUGCUGCCCCCGAUGCCUGGCAGGAGAACCGGGCCAUAUAAAUCAUAUCAUGCAGAGGUAUUGAUCAGGAGGUCAGCUCUGCGGGUCCUGCAAAGGAUGAGUAAGGAAGGAGACUGGAGGGAACGGGCCACACUGUGAGAAGAAAAAGAAGGAGGAAGAGAAACAGGAGGAGGAGUAGUAGCCUGCACUUUGUCCAGCUCAUAUCACAGCAGCACACGUUGUGCCUUGUUUAUCCGUUUAUCACGAGUACUGUAUCACCCUGCUGCACUGUCGCCUGUAGUUAAUAUUAUAUUAGCAUCAAAUCACUGCUGAGUUAAUGAAAGGGCUGAAUGACCACUGGACAUUAGUACUGCUUUAAUAUUCCUGCAUGAUGAUUUAGGGUGACGCCUAAUUUAAAGGAACACAAAUUAGGGUUUUAUUAAGAUGCGUUAAGUUCAGUUCUUUUGUUCAGUAAGGUCUAAAUUAGACAUUUCAGUAUAGAAUUUUAAGGAUGUUGUAAAAGGAUAUAAGACACUAUGAACUAGAGCUGGGCGAUAUUGUAAAAAUAAUAAUAAAU